AUGUACUCGAUUAUUGCUCUCAUUUCGCUUCUCACAAUCACCUCGGCGCAAUUCUUCGGCGGUGGAAUGGCCAAUGGCGGGCAUCCGAUUCGCGAUUUCUUGUUCUCUCGCCUCAUGGAACACCUCCCGGCAAACGCUCAAGGCAAAGCCCAAGCAAUCCAUGAAGACAAGAGCAUGAAUCCAAUGCAAAAGAUGAUGGCUUUCCACGGGCUAAUCCAGGAACUCCCAGCCGAUCAACGACCUACCCCACCGUUCAUUGAUCGUUUACCCGAGCCGUUUAAGUCAAAAGUGAUGGCAAUUCACAACAACGAUUCGCUGGGCAUGUUCGACAAGAUGGCCGCGAUAAAGAGUCUCUUGAGCCAAGCACCUGAAUCUGUCAAAGCGCAACUGCCAGGUGGUGGACGUUUCUUGGAGCGGCUCGGAAGCGGGGGCGGUCCAUUUGCCAGACUCUUUGGCGGUAGUCAA